UCUGAGGAGGCUGUUGGUGCUGAGGACACACACACAUACACAUACACACACACACAAACGGUUCGUGAAACCUCUGCCAGACUGAAACUCGGAUGAUUCAAAGCUUUCAGUCAAAUGACAUCGGACACUUGGAUAUAAGGAAGAAACUUCACAUUUUUUUCUUGUUAAGUUGUUCAACCACUCGCUCCGAGUCGACAGUGGCUUCUUGAAAACAGUCGCAACGCGGAGGUCUGAGGGAAAUAUUUCGCGGAGAGACGGAAAGAGAGGGAAGGAUUGGGAUGCUGGUUCCGCGCGCGCUCCGCUCCUUGCUGUGCGUCCUGAGCUGCGCGUGGCUGCACACCGGAGCGGCCUCGCGGCUCAAGUCCCCCGCUCUGCCCAUCCAGUCAGAGAGAGAGCCGCUGCCCUUCAAAGGCUUGUCGGGAUGCUCAUUUGGAGGUCGGUUCUACUCCCUGGAGGACACAUGGCACCCAGAUCUGGGGGAGCCGUUUGGCGUCAUGCACUGUGUCCAGUGCCACUGCGAACCUCAAAAGAGUCGCCGUGGGAAGGUGUUCGGGAAGGUCAACUGUAAGAACAUCAAACAGGACUGUCCGGACCCGAACUGUGAUGAUCCAAUCCUCCUGCCGGGGCACUGCUGCAAAACCUGCCCUAAAGAUGAUGACAAGAAGCAGACGGACUCUGUGCUGGAGAGCUUUGAGUAUUUCCAUGAGAAGGGCAAAGAGAAGGAGGACGACCUCCACAAAUCUUACAAUGACAGAUCUUACCUGAGCUCUGAGGACAUGGGGCCCGGGGAGAGUCGCACCGAUUUUGUAGCCGUGCUGACGGGAGGUACAGACUCAUGGAGCUCCAGUGGUGUUGCCAGAGCUCGCUUCUCUCUCACCCGAACCAGCCUGGCCUUCUCCAUCACAUACCAGAGAAUGAGCCGUCCAAGUAAAAUAGUCUUCCUGGAUUCAGAUGGGACCACUGCCUUUGAGUACAGGGUUCCCAAGGGACAGUCAGACAUGAUCUGUGGUGUGUGGAAGAACCUGGCCAAGCCUCUAAUGCGACAGCUGCAGUCUGAACAGAUGCGCAUCCGCAUGACUACGUCGACGAGCCGGCGAGAGGAGGUGGAGGGGAAGAUCAUCAAACACAGAGCUCUGUUCGCUGAGACGUUCAGUUCAACGCUGACAUCCGAGCAGGAGAAUUCAGGCAUGGGAGGCAUCGCCAUGUUGACGCUGAGCGACACAGAGAACAACCUUCACUUCAUCCUCAUCCUGCAGGGACUCGUCACACACAAAGACAAAGAGCCUCUUGUGGUGCCCAUCCGAGUGCAGCUCGUGUACCGCCAACACGUCCUGAGAGAGAUCCGAGCCAACAUCACCUCUCACGAUCCAGAUUUUGCUGAGGUGCUGACAGACCUGAACAGCCGCGAACUCUUCUGGCUCUCUCGCGGUCAGCUGGAGAUCGCCGUGGCGACAGAGGACCAGGAUCCCCGACAAAUCUCCGGAUUCAUCACCGGCAGGAAAUCUUGUGACACUAUUCAGAGUGUGAUGUCCAGCGGUGAUGCACUGACGCCGGGGAAGACGGGAGGCGUGGGAUCGGCCAUCUUCAACCUCCACGACAACGGCACGCUGGACUACCAGGUUCAGGUUGCAGGUCUCACCAGCGACGUGGUCGGCCUCACCAUCGAGCUGAAGCCGAGGCGGCGUAACAAGCGCUCGGUGCUGUACGACCUGACGCCGGAGUACAGCAAGGCCACGGGGCAGGCGGCGGGCAGCUGGAGCCGCAUGGAGGCGCGACACAUCCACAUGCUGCUGCAGAACGAGCUGUUCAUCAACGUGGCCACGGCGCACAGCCAGGAGGGGGAGCUGAGGGGGCAGAUAAAGGCUCUGCUCUACAGCGGCCUGGAGGCGCCCAGACACGAGCUGCCCACGCCUCUGGCCGGUCACUUCGUGUCUCCGCCUGUGAGAACCGGCGCCUCCGGGCACGCCUGGGUGUCCGUGGACAAGCAGUGUCACCUGCAUUACGAGAUCGCCGUCGCGGGCCUCAGCAGGGCCGACGACCUCGCCGUGAACGCCCACCUCCACGGGCUGGCUGAGAUCGGAGAGAUGGACGACAGCACCGCCGCGCACAAGAGGCUGCUCACCGGCUUCUAUGGAUCACAGGCUCAGGGAGUAUUAAAGGACAUCAGUGUUGAAUUACUGCGACACCUGGACCAGGGAACAGCUUUCAUUCAAGUCAGCACCAAGCUCAACCCCCGAGGAGAAAUACGAGGACGGGUCCACGUGCCGAACAACUGUGAGUUCGGGACCAGAGGGGACGUGGAUGAGGCCGAGUUUGACGACCUUUUUGUGAAGGACCCGGAGGAGCUGAAGAAAGACCCUCACACCUGCUUCUUCGAGAACCAGCACCACGCUCACGGCUCCCGCUGGACGCCCAGCUACGACAAGUGCUUCUCCUGCAGCUGCCAGAAGCGAACGGUGAUCUGUGAUCCAGUCAUCUGCCCGGUGUUGACCUGCUCCAGGACCAUCCAGCCUGAGGACAAGUGCUGCCCCGUGUGUGACGAGAGGAAGGAGCCCAAGGACAUGAAAGCUCCAGAGAGAGUGGAAGAACAUCCUGAAGGUUGUUACUUUGAAGGAGACCAGAAGAUGCAUGCCCCUGGAACCACAUGGCAUCCCUUUGUACCUCCCUUUGGCUACAUUAAAUGUGCUGUCUGUACUUGCAAGGGAUCUACAGGGGAGGUGCACUGUGAGAAGGUGACGUGUCCCGUGUUGACCUGCAGUCAUCCCGUGAGACGUAACCCCUCCGACUGCUGUAAAGAGUGUCCGGAGGAGGAGAGGACGGCGGCGGGCCUGGAGCACAGCGACAUGAUGCAGGCCGACGGCCCCCGCCACUGCAAGUUCGGCAAGAACUAUUACCAGAACAGUGACAACUGGCAUCCCUGGGUCCCGCCGAUGGGCGAGAUGAAGUGCAUCAACUGCUGGUGUGACCACGGUGUGACCAAGUGUCAGAGGAAGCAAUGUCCAGUACUGACCUGCUCCAACAUCACCCGUCCAGAGGGCUCAUGCUGUCCUGAAUGUGUUGACUCCAAAGAGGAAGACGACCUGAUGAUGAAAGUUCCAGACAAAAGACGAACCUGGAGACACUGAUCUGUGGGGAGACGCAUACACAGAAAAACCCAUUUCUACCAUUUCUACCCAUUGAAACCCUCACCCUCCCAGAUGGACCCGA